AUGAGCGACAGCCUUGCCGGCAAUGGUAUGCGCCAGAACCUCAACAGAUCGUCAACCAGCAGCAACCACACUGGGCAUGCUCAAAACGGGAGGGCGCCGCAGGAUCCGCUUGUUGACGCAGGACACUUCAUCAAGCAGCUGGCUUGCCAAGUACAAUCUCUGGCAUGUCUAAAAUGGCUGAGCGAACUCCAGAUACUGGCUUGUAUCCCCCUGGAAGGAAGCAGACCUCUACACGAUGUUGCUGAGCUUGCCAACGUUCCAGCAUCUCAAUUAUCGCGCGUGGUGCGCAUAGUUGCAACCAUUGGAUUUCUCAACGAGCCCGAUCCAGGCCACAUCGCCCACACUGCGCUGUCGGCGCAGUUUGUGGUGGAUUUCAGCCUGUUUGAUUCCAUCUUGUUCCUGUUAACGACGGUAGUCCCCUGUUCGAUGCAGAUGAGUACAUUGACACAGCGGCAUGGCAGUGCAUUCCCCACCAACGACGGUGCCUAUCGUAUAGCCUUCAACACCAGCCAAUCAUUUGACGCAGCUUGCGUGGAAGGCUCCAGGCUUCGUCGAGAAUGGCUGGCAUACAAAUCCAACACCACAAUCGUCGAUGAGACCAUUGCAGACGUUCUCCUGAGACAGGAUUGGCACAGCCUCGGCCAUGUCAAAGUGGUCGAUGCCUGCGCUCAGUCGACCGAUUUUGGCAAUUCUCUGGCUGAGAGGUGCUCUACGCUUCGGGUGGUUGUUCAGCUCGACACCGCCACCACCAACGGCCAUUCCGAAAUCGACAGUAGCAUGUCCCGAGGCCGUGCUGUCAUCCAACGAAGGCCACAAGGCACGAGGCAGAUGGUAGAGGAUGCUGCCGUCUGCAUCCUAAAGAUCGAAGCACCUUCUACGACCAUUCGAGCGAGAGUGACCGCUGAACUGCUUGCUCACCUGGAAGUACUGCGCAACAACGAAUCGGCGGUCUUGAUCGUCGCGGCACCAUUGUUACCAGAGCCCGGAACUGUCUCAACGAGCGCGGAGGCGUCAGCACGCAGCUCCGAUCUCACCACUCUCCAGUUGAGCAACAGUCCGCAAUUGGAGCUGGACAGGCUUAUCGACAUUGUGGAGAAUGUUCCGAAUGCUCGAGACAGCCUCAAAGUGGUGCAGAGAAUUCUGUUCCGGAAUGGCAUGGUAGCUGCCAUCGAGGUGAGGUAUAGAGCAUCGAGCGAGGAUCAAUUUGCUACGCCAGCAGGCACUAUCGAUUGGUGA